AACACUUCGCCAUUUCAGAUUUGGGGGGGCUGUAACUCCCGCGAAGGAAUUAGGUCAGCCUAGCGGAGGUGCCAGGCACCGGCCGUUUCUUCAUUGAAAAUAUCGAUUAUCUCAUCUUCUCCACUCUCAGAAGGAUUGGUUAUUGUGUUCCGAUGCGUUUUAUUUGGCUGGCGCGGAUGAGUUUUUCCACCGCGGGCCCGGGCUGAAGUGUCAAGUCAGUAGUCGGAUUUCCCUGCUAACAGCUAGUGAGCUAGCUGAGUGUAAACAACAAGGAUGAAGAGGGUGAAAGGAGGAGAAGAGGACAGCAACAGCUCCUCCAGUAAGAGCCCACCAGAAGCCCGCAAGAAAGUGCGGAAGCAGUUGAGCGAGGAGUCCAAGGCUCUGGUCAUGGCCGGUCAAUCAACAGAAAGCGACUGGGCCAGGCUGCCUCAGGAGCUCCUGCUUCACAUCUUCCAGUACCUCCCACUGCUGGACCGGGCUUACGCCUCCCAGGUGUGCCGUGGUUGGAACCAGGCGUUCCACAUGCCUGAGCUGUGGAGGUGUUUUGAGUUUGAGCUAAACCAGCCAGCCAGCUCUUACCUGAAAGCUACACAUCCAGAUCUCAUCAAGCAGAUAAUAAAAAGGCACUCCAACCACCUGCAGUAUGUCAGCUUCAAGGUUGACAGCAGUACAGAGUCUGCAGAGGCAGCAUGUGACAUUCUCUCACAGUUGGUGAACUGUUCACUAAAGACCUUGGGGCUCAUUUCCACGGCCAGGCCCAGUUUCAUGGAGGUUCCCAAGUCUCAUUUCAUCUCAGCUCUGACUGUUGUGUUCGUCAACUCCAAAUCGCUGUCUUCUCUGAAGAUCGACGACACGCCAGUGGAUGAUCCGUCUCUGAAGGUGCUGGUGGCCAACAACAGCGACACCCUAAAAUUGUUGAAGAUGAGCAGCUGUCCCCACGUCUCCCCUGCAGGGAUCCUGUGUGUGGCCGACCAGUGUCAUGGGCUGAGAGAGCUGGCUCUGAACUACCACCUUCUGAGCGAUGAGCUCCUUCUGGCCCUUUCCUCAGAGAAACACGUCCACCUGGAGCAUUUGAGGAUCGACGUGGUGAGCGAGAACCCUGGCCAGCAUUUUCACACCAUCAAAAAGAGCAGCUGGGACGCCAUGGUGCGGCAUUCACCCAAAUUCAAUCUGGUCAUGUACUUCUUCCUCUAUGAGGACGAGUUUGGCCCUUUCUUUAACGAGGAGAUCCCCGUCACUCACCUCUAUUUUGGCCGCUCUGUCAGUAAGGAGGUCUUGGGCCGUGUUGGCCUCCACUGCCCUCGUCUUGUAGAGUUGGUGGUAUGCGCCAAUGGUCUGCGUCCUCUGGACGAAGAGCUGAUCCGCAUCGCGAAGCACUGUACCCAGCUGUCGGCCAUUGGCCUGGGCGAGUGUGAAGUUUCCUGCAGUGCGUUUGUGGAGUUUGUUAAGAUGUGUGGCCGGAGGCUUUCCCAGCUGUCAAUUAUGGAGGAGGUGCUGAUUCCUGAUCACAAAUACAGCCUGGAUGAGAUCCACUGGGAGGUUUCGAAGCAUCUUGGCCGGGUUUGGUUCCCUGACAUGAUGCCCACCUGGUAAAAUAAAGCCAAAGAGGCACACGGGAGUUAAGUUUGUGGUGUGGAUGAUUUGUGUUUGCAUUGAAAAGCCUUUAAAUGUUUGGCUGUUGUAGAAUGUUUGGUGCCAACUGGGAGAGCUUAAACUUUCUGAACUCCUGGAGUGGAGUGCAGAGUGAGGAUGUAAUUUGGCGCCUGACUGCUACACAAUGUUAUCAUGUCAUGCAAACGCCACAAAAAUCUCUGCCUGUCAGCUUGAGCAUGGACUGUGGAAUCCUGCUUUGCUUAAUCUGGAGACGGAACUGGCCACGGUGGCUUCUUCAGCUAAUAAACAAUCACACACAGAGCAGUUCAGGGGGAAACUACGACUAAAAAGCAAUGUUUUAUAACUGCAAAUUGAGUUAUAUGGACAUUAUAGCCUGGGUAUGAUAAUCUGUAAUAUGAGAGAUGUGUGUGUGUGAAUAUGUGUAGGUAUGCGAAUGUGUGUGAGAAUGAUCUAGUGUUUUUUUUUAACAUUGUGGACAAAUUUGGGAAGAUUAGAUGCACAAUUGCAUGUUGUUACACUACCACUUGGCCUACAAAAAUCCAGAUAGCAGCUCUGCACUCUAACAAAAUGGCAUUGGAGGUUUCCACAUGGCUUUUUUGUACAUAGUAUGUGACAGGCCUUGUUAGUAAGCAGUGGGUGGGGGUGUUUAAAGUUGCAGAGGAGUGGCUGGGUCCUACACCGCCUACCUUCAACUAAUUUAAAAAGAGGAAUGGUGGAAGGGUGUUUGAAGACAUCUUGCUUUUCCUCUUAAAGCAAGCUCAAUCAUACAUCGUUUCAAAAAUAAAUGUUGGAAGUCGGUUAGAAGAAACAGAAAUGUGUAUAUAAGUCGCUAUAUUUGUGAUGUGAAGGUGUACAGUGUUGAUUGAUGUCAUGGAUUUUUAUUUUCUCCAUUUUGUCCUGCAUCACAACUCACAUUGGCUCUACUAAGAAUUUUCUCGGUUUUGUACAGUCGUAGAUUUUCAAAGCACCUUAUAUUAAAACCAAACUGUAGUCAGGAAAAAGAAAAGCCUUCUGCCAUGAUUCAACUUAAAGCAAUCUUUAAAACGCUCCGAUUUAUCAUCGUUGGACUUGUAUUGUAAUAAAGAUUAUUAACACUGUACCUGGACUCUGUUGAAUCAGAUCCCAAGGACAGUAUUCUGAAGAUACAAAGAUAAAUAAAUGAUAUGAUAAUCUAUGUAAAUAUAGAUAGUGCACAGAAUUGUCUGAAUUUGGAGGUAGAUCAUGGUGAUUUCCCCAGCCUUCAUAUACAGAUAACAUUGUUAUAUUUCUAUAAUAAUCUAGUCUCUGCAGCUUACAAUGCACUCUGGGAAUGCAAAAGUAAACAUGUCUCUCAGGUGCAUCAGAUUCUAUCUCCUUUAUAGGUUUCAUUUGUAUCUUCUGCUAUUUGCCUGUUCAAGCUCUAAACCUGUUGUGAAUCUCUGCCCUACUAUUAUUAGUCUACAUUUACUCUGUAUCGUGUCACCACAUCGUAUGUACAGCAGAGGGCGCAGUGUUCAUCCUGUCAUUCUAAACUCCGUCUUUACAGAUAUUGCUACUCCUGUCCAGAAAAAAAAAAAAAAAAAAUCAUCCAUCCAUUUCAGUCAAAAGAGAUUUGGCAAGUCAGAUGAGUGAAACAAACAUUUUUUUUCCUUUAAGAAGGAAGUCAAAUGCAUCUGUAUAUAAAACGCUGUGUGUUUGAUUAUUAUGAAUAGAAAUGUACUUAUUUCUUUAUUUUGCCCUCUGUCGGGGUUUAAAGUUUCCUUAACCAACAACUCGUGUCUUUUAUAAAAACCAGAGUGCGAGUUCUCCUUUACUAGAUGGAUCUUUUUCAUACCGUAGUCACUAGAGAAGAUGAGCAGUGUAAUUUAUUGAUAUGGAUUCUGCUUUUGUAAUUUGUGUUUUUCAGUUGUAAAAAAAACGAAGCAAUCAAUAUAACAUGCAAACAGACCGGCUCAAGUUUAGUUUAGAUGCUUUCACUUUUGUCUUUAUGAUUUUGCUGCAUGCAGGUUGUCCAAAAGCUGAACUACAAACUUGAAUCAAUUUUAACACAUUUGAACUAGGGAUGUUAAUCCAAAAAUAACAGACAGAACAGACAGAUGGAAUUACGUCCUAGUAACUGAACCAGGAAUGCCAGUUAAUACAUCCUUAUGCUUUUGAAAGAGGCAAUGGCGUCUGAAGACUAUGAAGUACUACAACCAUAUCGGCUUUAGGAUUACAUUUGUACUGCUCUCUCUCAGCAGUCACCAGAUGCUCAGUCUUAUUAAUGAUCUUAAUGACAUCAAAGGACCCUUAACUAGUCAAGAGAUCAGUAAAAAGAAUUAUAGCAUCACAUGUGGGGCAACUUCUUUGAGGAAAAAAUACUUGAUAUAACAAAUUAGUUGUAAGAUUGCAGUGAAAAGUGGAAAUUCUCUGAGAUAGUGAAGUCAUGAAUUCACAACAAAAACCUUGCAAAGGGGAGCAAUGUGAUUCUUUGGCAAGGGAAGUUAUUUUUUCUCUUGUAAAUUCAUAGGGAUGUCAUAAUACCUUGCAAUACAAUAAAUACCGAUAUAAAUAUAGACAUUUUAAUCACUCUGACCAAAAUAUAUACCAGUACAUACAUUGCAGUGCUCUCCAUUAACCAGAAGAGACCGCUAUUAGUGUUUAGCAGAUAGCAUUGUUAUAUUUCUAAGUGGCUGGUAAUAAGAUCUCAAAAUUUAAAUAUCAUCAAAUAUUUUUAAGGAAAAUGGGCAUCUUAUUUAAUAAUAAAGUGCAUAAAGAGUUUUUGUAAUCAUACAGUCUUACUAAUGGGGUUGAUUAAUGUUGUUUUAUGCGUCAUUUUCUGCAUUAAUUAUUACAAAUAAAAUGUUCUUAAUGUGACAGAGGUAAAGUGCAUGAUUAAAAAAUGAUUUUGAAAAAUGUAAGGAAAUAAAUAAGCAAGUAGUGACUUUCCUGACUUGAGAAAUAUCACAGAGCAACACAGUAGCAGCAGGAAAACAGGAAUUGAUGCCAUAUGUUCAUUGUGUUAGUGGCACCUACACAUCAGUGUUGACUGGGUAGGGCUUGUAUGGUAUCUAGCCAAUCAAAGCAUUGCAUCCCUAUAAAUUUGAGAAUAUCCAAUCUAUUUUUGUAAAUACACUAAACUUAAAUCUUUUUGUUUUUUACACAGAGUUCUUAAACAUCUGAUAAAGGUGAUCUAAAUAAAUCUUAAAACCAGAAAAAGGCAUAUAAUUAGUCUGCAAUGUCAGCAAAGUAAUGCAGAAUGCCUUCAACUUCACAUUUAAUUCCAGUAAUGCUUUCUGUCAUCUAAAAAUCACUAAUUGUCUUUAAGAUGUGUCAUGGUAACAAAUGUUAUUGUAUUUUAUUAAAAGUUGAAUAAGAAAAGUGUAGUGGAAACUUUGGACAACGCUGCAUGUAAACAGGAUCUAUAGAUAACACUGUUUUUUUUUCCUGUGUCAGGCUUCAUUUCCUUCUUUCUCAGCUUCAUUUCAAACUGCCUAACACUUUGUCGACUCAAAGCGACAAACUAAUCCAAAGUAAAAAACAUCCUAGUAAUGAAUUCAGCUUACAUAGCCUAUUGAUAGAAAUGGUCUGUUUGCACUGAACUGUGCUGAUUGUCUGUGCUCAUGUACAUUAGCAUCUCAAUGGUACAGUAACAUAUCUCCUGAUUAUUUCUCAUAACUCGUGCGGUGCAUUCAAUGAUUGCCGUGACAGCAGCUCUGAAGUGAAGGUUGUGUCUCAAUACUCUUCUGUUUUUUUUUUCUGUUGUCUUUAUCGGCUCUUCUUGAAAACAGAACUACAGCUAUCUUAACCUCAGAGAGUCCUCGGUAACUUUUAUUAGGAUUAAACUGGUGUUAAUAAUGCUGUCCUUUAGUUUUACUCCUGUAUGGUAAAUGCUCUGUCUUCUCUGCUUUACUGCUGGUCACCUGUCUUGAAAUUGAAAUUAUUGGUUUGGACAUGUGAUCUUAUACUGGUAAUAAAAAUUUGUGAAUGUA